CGCGACCGUCGCCGACGCCGUACCCUCGUGCGACUCGUCGCGACCAUUCGCCGACGAACCGCGGACGAGGACGCGCGUACCUGACCGGCUGAUAUCGUGGUAACAGUGGCCCGGACAUAAGUCCCUUCCUACGUGGUGCUGGACGAAGGUUCGGCGGGUGCCGGAUGGUUCUUUGCGUUGUGGCCGGUGUGUGCGUUACGUUUUAGAGGGUGCGGUCCCACCCCAGACCCCCGCGUUCGGUUGUUUUAUUUAUUUGAUUUGUGAGUGCGUCUGAUUGUGACAGGGUUGCCUUAAGGGAAGGUCUUUCGAGUAAGUUUGAACCUGCAGCCGAAGAGAAUAGCAACAUCCAAAAUGGAAUGCGGCCUGAAUCACUACUCGAACGGUGCGCCUCCGGGCAUUUUGGCCGGUGACGUCAGAGGCUCGGAGAGAUCGCCCGCCCGAUCCGGACUGCACGUCAACUUCAAGGACAAGGGCGAGAUCAAGGAGAAGCGGGAGAAGUUCCUCACCGCCAAGUACGGGCACCACCAGAUGAGCCUGAUCAGGAAGCGGCUGGCGGUCGAGAUGUGGCUCUACGAGGAGCUCAAAAAGCUUUACCAAACGAGUAAACAAGUUGUGAAUGGGGAUGACAGCAGCAGUGACGAAGUUGAAAUAGACAUAGAUGAACUUUUAGAUAUGGAUAGUGAAGAUGAAAGAAAACGACAUGUGCAGAACUUGUUAAUAAAUGCCAAAGCUUCCCAAAGUGAUGUAAAUAAAUUCAUCAAUGAACUGUUAGAAAAAGCGAAGACUCUUUAAACAGUGUCACAGUGCCAAAUAGUGGACAAAACCAUGUGGGACGUUAGAAAAAAAAAAAUACCCGUCGCGGGAAAAAUGUUUGCACACCAAUUUUUAGUGAAUGCUGAUUUUACAUCGAUGUCCGAUUAAUAAUACAAGUGUUGUCCAAUUAUUACUUCCGAUUAGUUAAGCUGUAAACACGAACUUACAUUUCAGUUUUUGCGUUUGUGGGUUCGUGCAGUUUUUGCGUGGCCGAAAUAUUGCCAUUAAAUAUUUAAAUAAAAAUUGUUGAUGAUGUUUUUGUAAUUUUUUAUAAUUAGCGACGACGAGAUUGUUGCGAGUCGUCGUCGCCUGAUUAGCUAGUCUGUUUCUUUGUUGUUAACGACAAAACAGUUAAAUAGGAUAGAUUUUCAUAUCAGACUGCAAAGUACAUGUCACAGUUGAUGCGUAACCAUCAUUUCGAACGAUCAUGAUAUUUUCUUACAGUUGCAUUUAGUCUGCAUGGGUUUUCCUUGUAAAAGUGAUGACAAGUUAAAUAAUUGGCUUUGAAAUUCGAGUCCUAAUUGUGUAAUGCUCAAAAGUAUGUUGGAAUAUGUGUGAUUUUUAGGAGCUUCCCCAUAUCUAAUUACCCCUUUUUAUACACACCACACACACGUUUCGUUAAAUACAUGAUCCGUUUGCAUGCAUAUCAUACAGGGUGUUUAUAUAAUUGACGCACCACAUUACUAUUAUUAUUAUUAUUAUUACUAUCAUCGAUUUAUUAUUGUUAAUGUUUUGUACAAAUUUUAUUGAAACAAAAUUUAUCAGUUUUUUGUGAAUUUGUGUCAUCAGCAUAUCAUUAAAGCAUUUGUUAAUUGUACUUAGAGUUUUGAUAUUUUCGAAUUUGUGUACUGAUCAUUUUCGUGAUCUCAUUUCAAUCGUUUGACAUGUAUAUCAUUAUUAUAGAAUUUAGUUAAGCAUGAAUCAAUGUAUGCAAAACCUUUUAUGAAUAAAUCUUAGUUCAAAUAU